AUUUUGCAAGAUCCGACAUCCAGGUAGGUAGGUAGAUACAGGGGCAUGGCGAGAAACUGGCUCCAGACGAGAACUCGGGAGGAGCUCCAGCAAACGAUCGGCUGGGGAGAUCCUCCUGUUGUCUCCAGCAGAGACAAAUUCUCCGCCCACCAUCCCAUGAUCCCGCGACGUUACGUGCCAGCUUGGCAGCUGGACAUGCAGAACAGAGGAAACAUCAUCAAGAACUGUGAACUGGCAGGGAACUCAAUGUGGAGAGGUCACAUUAGCUACUUCUUGAAUGGAAGAGAGCGACUGAGUGCCACACGUCCAGUGCUGUACUCUAGUGUUCUGAACUACUCCCGGACUCUGAACAAGAGCUCAUCUCCUCUCUCCAGAUACAACAGCUCCGUAAUGACCAUGACUUCUUAGAAACUGGAGUCUCUCCAAUCGUUACAAUUAUAUAGUAUUUCAGUGGAAAGAUAUUUUUUUUAUAUACUUCCUAAAUAUGUAUAUUAUAGUAGCUACAACUCAGCAGAUCCCGUAAGAUAAUAUAUAUUGUAUCCACCAUGACAAUGAAAACUCCUUACAGGUAUACCAACAACAAUAGGAUUAAUACGCAAUACUCACACAAAGCAAAACUAAGGGCCACACUCACAAUCACAGUUAUAUCCAAGCCUAUAAAGUCACACGAGAGAAAGGGGGACAUCACUCAUUAGAAGAGGCUCCAAGGAGCCGCGGUCUUCUCUGUGGGGGAGGCUACAGUAGCAGUCGGGGCAAACGGAUCGUUGGUGGCUGGUGGGGAUGGGAGUGGCUGCGACUUGGGAGCUGCCUGUGCCUCAAAAGCAGACUCAAUGCUCUGAUCUUGAGUGCCAUCCUCUUGAAAUGCCGCGUCGAAAUUGUCCAAGUCAAGGACCUGUGCAAGUGGAUCUUUCUGCCCAGUAGACUCGCUGGAUUUCUGUUGACUGCCUGUCGCUGUGGCUGUAGAUACUGGGCUGGAGCUGGCUAGCAGAGGCUCAGGGAUACUCCCUAAUGGUUGGGUUAGAACAAUGUCAUCAAAUGGCGAAGAUGGCCAAUCGACUACUUCUUCCCCUUUCUCUUCUGUGCUUUCCGCUGAGGUGAUCGCUAUGAAGCUUCUUCCUGCUCACUUCCUUUUUCUUCUCCUGCAGCUCGGCGAGAGUGGGUUUGGCCACCUUAUUCACCUCGGGCUCAAACUCUUUCCGUUUCUCUGGGAUUGGGGGGAGGUUUGGGACACCAGGUCAGCAAACAUGCAAUCUCUCUGUUCCCUUUGCAGGGCGAUUUUCGGGGCAUUCUGAGGAGCCAGACUGAGCUGCAGGAGGUCGCGGGGGGUGAAUUAACGAGAGUUGGAGAGAGAAUGCCGUCAAAGUUGUUGACCCCAACAGGAAGCAUUGCCUGAGGCUCAUCACAUCUGGGAGCACCUGAGGUUGAGCUGGUACUUGCUGCAUCAUGACUGGUGGGCCAACGCCCUGGUCCUUGGGAAGUGAGGCAUCUGCAUUAGUCCCAUCGGUGGAGACAUCACUGCUGGAACCAUUUGGUAGGGGACCUGAGCACGGUGGCGAGAACGGACCGGAGAACGAUCCAUUGGGUGUGUACGAUUGGGACUGGUAGAGCUGGUU